AGUUGAAGUCCGGACAUCUUCAAGUUGCCAAGGUUGAGAAACACUGCUCUAAACCAAGUUCCCAAAGUUGUGUGCUUAUAUACAUUCAUUUAUUUGUUGGUUUCAUAUUUCAUACACUCCGUAAAUAAGACCCUGUUCCUUACGUUGGGCUCUACAGAUUAGUUGGGACUGUUAUACCACUUUGCCUACUGUGUAUCAAUCUGCCUGCCUCAAGUCUGUCUCGGGGAUAGGCAGUAGAGUUCCUUGAGUUGAUGGUCCUGGAGAACUUUAAUCUGCCUUCCUUAGGCGUGGGGUCUGAGGUGGCUUAACUGAGCCAUUAUGGCAGCCAUGGGCCUAUCCCAGGUCACCCAUCCUCAACACGCAGCAGCCAUCACAAGUCUCAUUUGGUUUUACCGUCAAAAACUGGCAGUGUGAUCUGGAAUUGGUGACAGCUCUCUACGGUUCCUCUGUCAUGGUCAGAUCAAGCUAUGUAUCCAUGAGAUUCCCUGGCACUAUUCCAGAUGUAGGGAGGCAAGUCCAAUUUUCCAGCAACUGGUGAAUCCAGAAGAGUUCCAGAAAUUGCUUCUCCAUCCGUACAGCAUGCCAUUCGGUGGCCUUGUUUAGGGUGAUCCGUUGGGGAAGGCGGACUCGAGAUUUGUCUGCAAGGCCAUGCUGAAGAAUUUUCACAGCAUCUGUUGGACAAAAUAGCUCAGAUGUGUGCCCAAUUAAAUGCCAGCAUUGGUGUACAUCCCGUGGAGAUGCCUUGACCAUAGUCUUGUCCUGUUAUCUGGGAGUAGUUUGAACCUCUUGACGAGCAACUGGGCGAUUGCCUUAGGUGCAAAGCCAGCUGUGUGAACCUGGGCCAGUCACUUUUCCUCAGCUCUAGGAAGAAGACAUGGGUGCAAACCACCUCUGAAAAAUCUUGAUAAACGAACUGCAGGCACUUGUCAAGGUAUGAUCUAUUUCUGGAAACAGCUGUCAUCACUCCAAAUAAUCAUGGCUGCAAUCAUCAGUUCUUUAUUUUUGAAUUUUAAAGAUGGUCAUGAUGUCCUGCCUUCCGAAGCGAAUGGAGCCUUGCUGCUUGUCAUGUUGGGGAAAGUAUCUCUCAAUUUUUUUCUGUUGCAAGCCAGAAAAAACAAUCAUCAUCAGAGUUUCAUGAGCUAUUUCUGCAUUUCACUAGCUAUCUUUGACUUGCUGCUUCUGGGGAUGAUGACUCUAAUUUUCUGCAAUCGGAAUAUUUUGAUUGGAGAGAUUAGAUUUACCGAGUAUCACAUCUGCCUUUUGCCUCAGAUUAUCUCCCUUGUCUAUGGAAUUUUACAUUACCCAGUUUUUUUGAUAGCUGGCUUGGAUUAUUGCUUUACAAUAGCCCACACUUCCAACUAUAAGAACAAAUGCUGGAAAGCACUGUACACAAUUGCUGUGAUACUCACAUGGAUUUCUGCCCUUGGUUACAUUCUGAAUCUUCGGAACAGUUCUUUAUGGCUGAAUAUAAACAACGACAAUUAUGGGCAUCAAUGUCCUUUCUACAUCAGCAGCCAAACUUACUGGCUCUCACUUGGUAUGUUGACCAUAAUAUGCUUGGUUCUUGUUUUCUGUUGGUCAGAAAUUCUAAACAUGGUGCAGUCGACUAAGCUUAUUUCUUUUGAGGGAGACAGUGUUCUGUUAUUUCCUUAUGAGCUUGAGGGCAGCUCCAGAGGUCAUUCAAAAUGUCUUUUGGCAAGACUUCUGAUCAGCUUCAUGGGCACUUGGACACCAUUCGUUGUACUCCAAAUGCUGAUUGUGUUACUUAAUGCAAAGAUUCCUGCCCACAUUGAGAUGAACGUCCCCUGGCUUUAUUUUGUCAACAGCUUCCUUAUUGGGAUUGCAUGUUGGGUGAGAGGCCAAGACAUUGUGUUUCCUGAAGAUUCUUGGGAUGUGGAUCCAUUUGUCAGCUGGAAAUUUUGCUUUAUACCUUUCAGCUUUCCAAACACCGAAAAAGCUGUAAAACCAGACAGCGAAAUCACAAUCUGUUAAUGAACUACCAUAGGAUAAUAUAGACUGGGUUGCAGUCAAUGGAGAAGGCUGCAAGUUAAGUUGACGAACUACAGGAGAGGAGGAACAUCAAAUGAGAUAUCGGUUGAACAUUUUCUCAAAUUCUGCUGCGUGUGUAGGAACAUGGCUGUAUAAAAGAAUACUAUGUGUUUUCCAAGUUGAAUUUCCAAUAUGGUUGUUAUUUCAAAAUAAAGUGUAAGGGAGUUUUUACUGUGUUGCAAUUGAUUGAUGAAUUGUGUGCCAUCAAGUAGUUUUCGAUUCCUAUCAACCACAAACAGAUUUCUUCAUGAAUCAUGUUGCUAUAAUAUUUCAACAUUAACCAAUGAUGUGUAGAAAGUUAGCAGCCACCCCUCUCCUUGAAGAAUGAAAUAUUUUAGUAAAUAUUUAAAAAGGCAGAAUAUUAUAAUUCCCUGGACGAGACAUUGAGAAACAUGCUCUUGGAGACUGAGGGCAACUCCUAAUUUCUUAAUAGUCCCCAGCAGAUAUUUGUUGCUCAUUAAGAAAGACUGGGCCAGCCUAUCUACAAGACA